CCAGACGUGUUGAACCUGUGCAGAACGUUCGCGAGUUGUCCGCAACAACCGGUUAACAUUAUCAACUUCUAACCUCGAAGAUGUCGAACCGAAAACGAGUAAAUCGAAGCUUACCAUUGAUGGAAUUCACCGAUAAAUUGCUGACAAAGAAGGAGGUGGAGGCGAAUGCUCGGUUACAUAUGACAUGUCCGGUGUUACAAAAGAAACACUUUUCACCGAUUGGAACGCAUAAAUUGCUUUUUAGUACCCAAGAGGCUCGCAUUUUAGCGUUUGAUAAACCAGCACAAUUGAGCCCGAAUUACAACCCAUCGAUCAAGAAGACUUAUUUCGCUCAGAUGUACAAGAUUCAAGACACCCUCGGCGAAGGUUCCUUUGGCGUUGUCUACAAGGUCAUUUCUCGAGAAAACGAAGAAGGCUAUGCAGUCAAAAUUACCAAGAAAGCGUACUUAACCAAAAAUAAUUACGAAGAGAUCAAGCUUCUCGAAAGAAUUGGCAACCAUCAGAACAUCGUUAAAUUUUAUUUCGCCUGGGAAGAAAUGUCUAGAGUUUUUACCCAAUUAGAACUUUGCGCAUUAAGUUUGGGAACUUACUCUAAAACUAACCACUCCAUCACCGAAAUACAACUUUUGGAUAUUCUCACCGAUAUGGCUCAUGCUUUGAAUCAUUUGCACGAUCGCAAAUUAAUCCAUCUCGAUAUCAAACCUGAAAAUAUUAUGAUUUCAACUGAUGGGAUUUAUAAAUUGGGCGAUUUUGAUUUACUUUUUGACAUCACGAAAACCGAAGAAAAUCAAGUAAAAACCUUUGAUAUAACUGAAGGUGACGCAAAAUACUUAGCGAAAGAAGUGUUGGAGGGAAAAGUAACAGCCGCAGCUGAUAUUUUUAGUUUGGGAAUAACGAUGCUUGAAUUAGCAACUGAUUUGAUCUUGCCGGUUAAUGGACCAUUAUGGCGACGACUCCGUAAUGGAUCAUACGAUGAUCCAUGCUUUACCAUUGUUCCGAAAAAAUUGAAGACUUUGAUGUGUAAGAUGAUGGCUCCUAAGCCACACGCCCGUCCAAAAGCGAAGCAGAUUUUAAACACGGCGGUUGUUAAAGAAAAUUUGUCGGCACAACUCCUUGUCCCACGCGUUAAUUAUUACGAAGUUUGGAGGGCAAGUGUUGCUGAAACAAUGGAUCGAGAUCCAGUCCCUGUUUGCAUCAAUGCUCAAAACGAAAUGAAUAUGGAUGCUAAUAUGGAUAUUGAAACAACACCGUGCGUGACUCCACCGAGGAAAGUAUCCCGAGUGGUUAUUUACAACAUGUAAAGAUAGGUAAAAAAUAUGCUCGUUUCAAUAUGAUCUCCGAUGGCUGUUCACCUAGCUAGUUUAAUAAAACGACGAAAACGCCGGUAUUUAGUAGUCUUAAUACAUUUAUAUACGUUUGUUCAUGUUUACUGUUGUUGCUCUAUAAUAUGUUAAGAAAAGAAAAAAAAAUAAGGAGCAUAUUUAAUAUUUAUAUAUUUUGAAACGUUUAUUAAUAAUAAUGUUAUUUAGAAAUGUUAUUGUGUAUUUAAUGUUAACGUAAACGUACGGUUUAUACCUUUAGAUAAAAAGAAAUUAUUAAGGUACACUAAGUACAGGGUUUUUACACAAUAAGAAAGUUUUUUUUUUCACUCUAGGUUGUUCCAGCAGUAUUUUUUGUAAUACUAUAAACGUUUUCAUUUAUUUUUUUUUAAUAGCGUGGGUUGCUAUUAAAAGUAGGAGUUACACUUAAGAGAGACUUUUUCCUUUUAUCUUUGGAUUAUUUUAAUUCCAAUCUUUCAAUCAAUUCCAAGUUGUCGUUUAGUUUUAGCAAAGAAGAUUUAUUUAUUUAUUUUUAAGUUCUUUAUGAGUUUAGUUUUCUGUUUGUAGUUUUUGUGAUAUAAAGAAAAACGAUUAAAGUAACUUUUUGCAAUAUUACCAGAGACGGUGCUACUUAUUGUCGUUAUUAAUUUCGGAUUAAUUUUCGUUAUUAAUUUCGUUACACACUAAAAGAAAAAAAAAUAACCUAACUCAAUUGUUGGAUUUGAACACUUUGCAAUAUUAAUUAUUCGAUUUAAGUAUUUUUAUAAGUAUUUAUACACAGUGAUCUUAAUACUUUAGUCAUAGUUGUACUUGUUCAGAAUAUAUGUUUAUUUUUUUUGCUAUUUUCAUUUAAAAAUCGUUUAGCUUCAGUA